AUGGUUUUCGUGCUGUCGAUCUCACCAUGGGCGUUCUCUGCUUUCGAUGGCGAGGGCCGCGAGUUCCGCGCGCACCGCGCCGUGCUGGCCGCGUCCUCGCCCUUCUUCCACGACCAGCUGCUGCUGAAGAACCUGGACUCCAUCGAGCUGCCCGGCGUCAUGGACCCCGCGGCCUUCGCGCUGGUGCUGGGCUGCGCCUACACCGGCCGCCUGUCCAUGGCCCGCGGGGACCUGCUCAGCUUCCUGACGGUGGGCAGCGUGCUGCAGAUGUGGCACAUCGUGGACAAGUGCACCGAGCUGCUGCGGCAGAGCCGCGCUCCCGAGCCGCCCGCUUCCUCCUUGUCCUCAUCAUCCUCGUCGUCUUCCUCCUCCUCCUCCUCCUCCUCCUCCUCCUCCUCCUCGCGGCUUCUCUCCAGCCGUGCCAGCGACAGCCAGUCCCCCAGCAGCACCAACGCGCUGCUCCCGGCGCCGCUGCCCGAGCUCCCGGCAGGGAAAGCGGGCAGCGAGGAGGACGAGGAGGAGGAGGAGGAGGAGGGCGGUGAGGAAGGGCCCCGGGCUCUGCCCCGAAAACCGUGGCUGUUGCUCAAGCGCCAGUGGCUGCAGGAGGACCUGGUGCUCACCUGCGAGGAGGAUGAGGAGCACGUGGUGGGGGAGUGCCGGGAAAAUCCAGGAAUUCCCGGCGGGAAUGAGCGUGGGGAGGGUGGGAAAGGGAGCGCGGAAGAGGACGGGGUGCCCGGCCGGGAAAAUCUGGGAAUGGGAUCUGGGAAUAGCCGGGAAAAUCUGGGAAUGGAAUCUGGGAAUAGCCCGGGAAAAUCAGGAAUGGGGCCCGGGAGGGGCUGUGAAAAUUCAGGAAUGGGACCCGGGAAUGCCCAGGAAAAUCCGGGAAUGGGAUCCAGGAGGGGUUGGGAAAAUCCAGGAAUGGGGCCUGGGAAUAGCCGGGAAAAUUUGGGAAUGGGAUCCAGGAGAGGCCGAGGUGCCUGUGCCUGGGGCAGCGAGGAAAUCCAUGGACCCCGCACGGCGGGGGCGGGUCCCGGCCCCUCGCAGCCCUCACCUGCCGCCCAGGUGAGCUCGUGCGGCUCGGCCAAGGUGUUCGUGUGCCACUGCGGGAAGGCGUUCUCGCACCGCAGCAUGCGCGAGCGGCACGUGAACAUGCACCUGGACCUGCGACCCUUCACCUGCGCGCAGUGCCGCAAGCGCUUCAAGAUGAAACAUCACCUGACGGAGCACAUGAAAACCCACACCGGGCUGCGGCCCUACACCUGCAGCACCUGCGAGCGCACCUUCAUGUGGAGGGACAGCUUCGUCAGGCACCGGGGCACCUGUGCGGGGACAGCUGGCACACCUGAGUGACACCUGGGUGACACCUGAGCGACACCUGAGCCACAUCUGAGUGACCCCUGAGUGACACCUGGGUGACACCUGGCACACCUGGCACCCCUGGGCACAGGUAUGUCACACCUGAGUGAUACCUGAGUGACACCUGGCACACCUGGUACCCCUGGACACAGGUAUGUCACACCUGAGUGAUGCCUGACACACCUGAGUGAUAACUGAGUGACACCUGGCACACCUGGCACCCCUGGGCACAGGUGAUGUCACACCUGAGUGAUGCCUGACACACCUGAGUGAUACCUGAGUGACACCUGGCACACCUCAGUGACACCUGAGUGACACCUGAGUGACACCUGACACACCUGAGUGAUACCUGAGUGACACCUGGCACACCUGGGCACAGGUGAUGUCACACCUGGGGAGAGAUGUCACACCUGGGCACAGGUAAUGUCACAUGUGAGUUACACCUUGCACACCCAAAUGAUGCCUGGCACACCUGGGCACAGGUGAUGUCACACCUGGGCAGGUGCAGGGACAGCUCCAUGUGACACAGGGCCACCUGUGCCAGGGCAGCAGGGACACAGGGAAGGGGCAGGGGGCACGGGAGAGGUGUGCAGUGACACCUGGGACAGCUGUGGACAGGUGAUGUCACACCUGGGUGGGUGCAGGGACACAGAGCCACCUGUGCAGGGAUGGGACAUGGGGGG